AUGUUCUUCGAAAGUAUCACCGUCCUUGGCGUUCUUUCAGUGACGGCCACUAUUAGCACAAUAACGCUCUUCUUUUGUGGAAUACCAAUAUGUAUCAAUAUUUACAAGCGAAGAGGCACUAAAGAUAUCAGUGGAGCGCCAUUUCUUAUGGGAGUCCUUGGUGCAUCCUACUGGUUGCGAUACGGUUUGUUAAAAAUGGAUUACGCGAUGAUAACAGUUAAUAUAACGGCUGUUACACUAAUGACAUCCUAUUUGAUAUUCUAUUUCUUCUACACCACACCAAAGUUAAUGAUCUCUCUCGAAAUUAGUGCUAUUGUGUUUAUGAUUUCGAUCAUGGCUUUUCUUGUACAAAUCUACGGCAAUUCAGUCAUACAUCCACUCGGUUUUGCUUGUAUGACAUUCAACAUUAUCAAUUUCGGAGCACCACUCGCUGGAUUGCGUGUCGUCUUACGUCAACGCAGUUGUGAAACGCUUCCAUUGCCAUUGUGCACUGCAAAUUUUGCAGUUUCGAGCCAGUGGUGCUUAUACGGUGUUUUAAUCAGAGAUAUCUAUUUAGUGAUUCCGAACGGUAUUGGAAUGACCCUUGCGCUCAUUCAACUCGCACUCUUCGUCAUCUUCCCAAUGAAAGAAGGAAAAACACCACUGGCGAAACGACUUUGCGGAAUUGAUUGCUCAACACGGAAGAAGGACGUCGAAUUCGGAAAAGUUGCCAAUGGUGAGCUUUGCUAA